AUGGAUUCAUUUGAAGCAUCACCUCGCGCAAAGGACGUGAUUUCUGCGCCGGGGAGUCUUGUUCGCCAGUUCGUUGGCAGAAGUGUGGCCAUCCCAGGUAGCAUGUUGGGGGAUGCUAGGUUUUGCAUGGAACUUUCAAGAAACCUAGCACGCCUAUCGGCCGAAGACGUGGAAGAAAUGAUGUCUAAAUCUUCCAAGGCUGGAAAAUCAAUUCCCGAAGAACGGGAUACUACUCACCCGGGUCUUGUCACUGAAGGGUUGAUGACUCAGCUGUUGGCUUUCGGUGAAGUUAAUGGGGAGCUUUCCUUUGCCAAGAACACGCGAGACGAGGUCAACUGGAGAAGUAGCAAGCUUCCUUGGAGAAGAUCUCCUCAUUGGCUUGUGCUGCGAGUUGCACUCCAGACAGUGCUUCAACGCGCUCUUCCUGAUGGAGACGGGUACAAGCAAUACAAAAACUUUAUGCUCUAUUUUUCAGCUGAGCUAGGUCAUCUCGCUACGCUUGUUCGACCUGUUGUUCCUGCGGAUGCUUUGGAAAUAAUACGUGCCAAGAUAUGUCGACGAAUCCUGAAGUUGAAGGAAGGAGCCUGCGAUUUCGUCCUGCAACACUCGCAGUCGGCGGAGACCAUCAUACGAGCUUCUUUAGAGGAUAUUCAGCAGGAAAUAAUCAGUGCAGGUGCGAUGCCAGUACCGAAAGGAUUUUCUUGCGCCCCAGAAGAUUUGCAGAUGUCGCUCAAGAAUUCCAGAGAAUACUUGAAUUCUGCUAUAUCCCGUGCUCCUGCUAAUACUGAACAAUCAUCUUUCGAUCGACGCUACGCAGCACGCAAUCAAAUGAAUAGGGCUGGGCUACCCACUUUAGAAAGUGGAGACCUUAUCUCCUUGGCAGAUUUUGAGUGCUGGGUGAAAGAUGCAAUGGAGACCAAUUCGUAUCUUCGCGACAGAGAGCCUUCAGAGCAUCUGUGCUGUUUGCUGGGAGACUUGCUUCAAACAUAUUCAGAGUUCGCAGUCGAAGCAUACAGUGACAGUCCAGAUGCGAUGUCCGCUGCAAUUGUCUGUAUAAUGGAGUUGUGGAUCUUUCUUGAUAAGAUGUGCAUUGUCAUCUGUCCACUCCUAGGAACUUAUUCACCUGAAAUACCUAGCAACAUUCUUGAAUCUUUGCUCUUACCACAGCGCUCUGAAAUGCGACGAGUCAAUAAUAUCGAGGCUUAUAUCCUUUCCAGAUACCAAGGACGGGUAGCCGGUGCCCCAAGCAUAUUUUCUGACCCCAACUCGCAAGGGUUUGCUGCUGCUUACUUUGACGAUUCUGGAAAACAUCACGGGCUACGCGAGCGUAUAGAGCAACAUGCGCGUGAUAGCACUGAGAGUAAGAGAACAGAGUGGCGGAACAAGUCUCAACAGCAUAAAGAACUUCUGUGUCGCGCUGAUCAAACUCCGCACCAGUGGGACGUUGAUUCGCGUGGCAAUGAAUAUCAUUCUAGAUCCUGCCAGCGCUGCUCCAUCGAGAAUCAUGCCGGGAAUCUCAGUAUUGAUGUUUACGAAUGGCCACUUCCAAGGUGUGAGGAGAUCCUCAAAACAGUUAUCUUCGAGUUGGAUUGCCCAAAAUGGUUUCUGAAGUGGCGCGAUAUCACUUGGAGACUGGUCCAUGACUUCGGUCGGGUACAAGUUGAAAAAGGACCCAACGUGCAGCAGAAUCUGCUCUUUUACAAAGAAACGAAACAAUUCUGCGUGAGCUGGGGCCAGCGCCUUACCCUGGGAUCAACAGCAAAGUCAUGGAAGAGGUCUCACUACAGUAGUCGUCAAUUCCCUGUAGCUUUUGAAGACAUAACGCCGCUAAAUGCGUUCCAGUUCCGGCUUCUCGACAGCGAAGACAACAGCUGGGUAGGAGACCAAGAAGAAUAUUCUUCGUUUAAACGUUGGUGUAUCUUUAAGCUCCCUCCGGGGCCGUACACUUGCCUGCAACACACAGUGGAUUCGUUCCUGCAUUCGGAGAACCAGAUCAUUGCGGAUCAGCAAACCUGUCCUUCUGAAUUGAGCUUGCAUGAAUUCGUCGCUUUUGGCUGUCUUCGAGCGGGGCCCAGAGUGCAAUGGUAUAACAUGGUUCGUGAACUAGCGUCACCUUCUCUCGCAAUGAAUGAGGAAGCGAUAUGCAUUUUGUUCCGGCAAGCAGCCUGGGAACUCAGCGGCCCAUGCCCUGGUUCAGAUCUCAGAGAGGCUCACGUAGCAUUUACACAGGAUGGCUUAGGUAUCCGGCUGUUGGAUUGCUUGAACCAAAAGCUCGGCUUUAUUGAGGCCAACUGGAACGAACAUCAUACUUUGCACACGCUGGUCGUUCUGGGCCUUCGCACCCUUAGUUUGUCGGACAUUUUCUCAACUGUUGAACGAGCGGUAGAGUUUUUGCGUCGAUGCCGAAAGACCGCUUUAAAAUGGUGCGAGGACCUUGCCGCUAACCUGUACACACAGACAGACGCACAAAGUGAAGCGCAGCAGUUGCUUAUUGUCAAGGUAGGGGGUAUAUGUCAAUUGACGUACGCGGUAGAACCGCAGCACUGUCCACUUCUCCUCGACAACCGUACAGACCUCUUUCAUUUAACGCGGUCCUCAAUUCUGGUUUUCGAGAAUUCGCCUCGCUCGCAUGUGAACGUGCCAUCUGGAGUUGCAAACAGCCUCAUCUGGACAACUAAAAUUUUGCACAAUAUCGAAGAACAUACUCGUCAUUUGAUUGAGGCCGAUCCAUCAGGCUUCAACGAAGCAAUCAGCAAGAGCGUGUAUGAUCUGCAGAUUGCGUCUGCUUGGAAUUCAUGUCUGGGAAAUGCGUCACGAUGGGUUACCAAUGAAACAAGUGCGGAAUCCCAAGGAAGCUCACAAGUGAUCCACUACAACCUACUUAGUGGAGAGCUUCUUUUGGCAAAUUGUCCUCCUGGACGUCUUCCUCGGGAGUAUACCAGCCUACCGUUAUUUCAGCGGAUUUUUGGCAACCUCCACUUCUCGAUGGAUGAGAGUGAACUUAUCAUUAAGGCGCGAGCAAAGCAUCAGAUAUUUCAGCUCAUCCCGCACGAGAGGCUAGCUGGAGACUUCCCAGAGAGUCUAGUCUCUAACUAUGUGCAUUGGCUUGAUUUGGAAAGUGAGACGCUCGAGUUUCGUCCAUUAGAGCACACAUGGACUCCGCAAUCGACAAAUUGGCGGCUUUCGCUUGGACGAACACCAGGAAAAAUAUCUACCAUGACAUCCGGCCACCAAAAAAUGGUUGAUAACAAUAGCCAGCUAUUCAAAAUGGUGGCAGGUGUUCUCGGAGUAUUAGAUGAUCCUCAUCACAUACAUGUCAUUCAGGCGCGAAAAGAUGAUGACGAAACAGUCGAGAUCCACUUGGUCAGGCUUCGACUGAAGUUCUUCAUAAACCAGAAUGGAGUUCUGGAAUCCCAGGAAUUCAAUGCAAAGGUUGACCAAAAUCAAGACAUAGGUUGCUUAUAUGGCCUGAAGAACAAGCUUGUUCUUCUAGACUGUGGGACAAGUUGCCGCUCUGUCUUGAUACCGUAUGGUGGUGUUCAGCUGUUCAAAGUCAAACGCCAAACUGUCGUGACAGUCAACCCACCUGAAGAGCCUCGCCUCAGAUGUUUCCACUACUCGUUUGAUGAGCACCUCAAAGUGCUACAGGGAUCAUACGAUAUGUUAGAGAUACUAUAUCUAGCAUAUAUGCAUGCAGUCACAAGCUAUGUUCUUCCUGACCCCGCAACGGAACGGUCAGGAACAGCAGAGGCCAUUCGCAUCUUGCGUCAGGCAUGCCUGAAAACCUCGUUUCCACUCAACUCCGAGACAGUUGAGCUCUUGAAACAUAUCGCAGCUCUUACUCCUAGGCGUCGCUACUAUCCUGAUCAUGUGAAAUCUAUGCAGACAGUCUCGUGGAAUAGUGAGCUUGGCGAACUAGCUCAACAUGACGAUUUUCGAGCACUGGCACAAGAAAUCGUGGAGAGUGGUAGUAGAUUGAGUACUCUCCAUGGACUGAGUCACACUGAGUGCGAUACAAUGGCCAAAUGCUACGAGAAGCGUGGGGAUCCUCACCUUCUCGAAAGAGCCCGUUCUCGAAACUCGGAUAUGUUCUACUCCGGACUUGGAGGGGGCUUAAUGCACCAAAUGCCUCAGUCAUCGUUUUAUCACGGUCGAGAUUGCGAGUUCCAGAGUAAGCGAAGUCAACGCGUCUACAAAAUUGCAGCCCUUGUGAGAAGCUGGCGGCCGUGUCUAUCGCAGCGCGUUGACCUUCUUGGAAGCGUCGGAAGUUGGAAAAACGUCCGGCCAGCAGGACCCUCUCUAAAGCAGGCUACUUGUACGGAACUUCUGCGACUGUCCUUUAGAGACGCAUGGGGCUCUCUGUAUGAGCUUUGCCGAUCUAGUGAUCAGGUAAAAGACUCGUACAGCCUCCUGUCUCUCUUUUGCACAAUUGCAUUUGCCGAUAAAGAAGAACAACUCAUUUAUUCACUUUUGGCUGUCGCAAUUUCCGGCCAAUUCAAGGACCUGACUAUUCCUCCCAUUGGGCAACAAUCUCUUAACAUGCAAAUGGGCGAGUGUUUUGAUGAAGAACAGAUCAAACGAGCGAUAGAACGAAACUAUAGUAAUCUCGUGCAUCCCGGUCUGGGUACAAAUUCCAAAGCACAAAAGCGAGCUGCUAAAGACCGACAAUCGAAAUAUGAUCUACAGAGAGAGACUGAUGUAAAAACUUUGUCCGACUCUGUCAAAAGCCAAUGGCCCUGCGAAAUACCUCAGUUGCCGGAAAUUGAAAGGGUCAAUCAAAGGGGAGCAUCGGAAGCAUGUUCAUUUCUGUGCACGCAAUGGUACCAAAAUCGCCAGUUUUUAAUCUUUCUUCGCUCGGUGCAAGAGAGGCUCAAUACUAUCAAAGAUGAAGCGCCCGUGGCAGACUUAGAAGUUCCUUCCACACCAUCGCGAGAUUCGCCUGUCCUGAACCGUCAGUUUGUCCCACCUGGCCUUUUAGACAUUCUGUCAGCAUCCAAUCCGGCCAACCUGCCGACAGAAAGUCCACCUCUCGUAUUCCAUCGGCACCUUAUCCCUCAAAGAUUUAAUGACGACACAAACACAGAGCUUCGUUCUUUGAUAACUGACUUUCGGAACAAUUCAAAUUUGUGUCAACGCGAGCUUGGAGAAGGGCUUGAGGAAAGCUUAGAGUCUCUGGAAAAAGCCAGCUUGCCUUGCUCUUCUCCGGCGAUGCCUGUGGAGCGAAGCGUCAUUGUCGGAUAUUUUGACUUCCAAAGGAAUCAGAGAAACGCCAUUUGGAAAGCUAUUAAAGAGACAUUGAAUUCAACUGACCGCGACUGGGAAAAGGUUGCGGCAACAGUUUUGAUGACGCACGUUACCAGUCACUCAAUACUGUCACUUCUCGCGACGGAGCGCUGGCAUUUGGUACCUGAGGCUUGGAAAAACAGCAUUGUGAUGUUUGCAAAAAGUGUCAAUUCCUUACGCCGGGCUGAUCGCCUUUUGAGUUGUUAUGAUCGGCAUGAUAUUGAUGGCUUUUACAAAGAAGCAGAGAGUGUUAGUGGGGUAGGGUGGGAGACUCUGAAAUACCCAGAUUGGCUGCUUUUUGAGAUUGAAAAUAAUCUCACCAUCCGGAAGACCCAGACAGAUGUAACCUUCAGUAUCAUCAGCCCAGAAUUCCAGUCCAAUUCGGUCAUGCAACUGAACAUGGGUGAAGGGAAAACCUCUGUCAUAACACCAUUGGCUGCUUCGGUUCUUGCGGAUGGUGGGAAUCUGCUUCGGAUUUUUGUUUUGAAGUCUCUCUUGCGGCAGAGCGUGAAUCUUCUCUCUCAACGCCUCGGUGGAAUGCUGGGCCGGCGCAUUUACCAUAUACCGUUUGCAAGAGACACCCCUCUGGACACAACUACUCUGGAUCAACUGCGCGAAACUUAUGUUGAAUGUCAGAGACAGAGGGGGAUAAUGAUAGUAUUACCGGAGCAAGUCUUGUCAUUUCGCCUUGUCGGUUUGGACUUGAUGAACAGAGAUCCAGCUCUGGCUCCUCAAGCGAUAGACUUAGAAAAAUGGCUUCAGUCCAACUGUCGGAACAUCAUCGACGAGAGCGAUGAAGUCCUUGAUCCUAAGUUUCAACUUGUGUAUACUGUUGGCAGCCAGCAGACAGUGGACGGGCACAGCGAUCGAUGGGAUAUCAUCCAGACGUUGCUUGCAUUGGUUGAUAGGCAAGCCGAAAUGAUACACUCGGAAGACCCAACUUGCUUGGAUAUUGAACGGAGUGGCGCUCGCUACCCGAUACUCCAUUUUCUGAGGCCAGAGGCAGCUGAUGAAAUAAUUGCGAAGAUUCUAGAUUUGAUAAAUGAUGAGGGGUUGCCAGGCCUGCCAAUAAAUCAGUGGGCUGGGCGAGUUCGCAGAAGUGCUUUGGAUUUUAUCCGCUUCAUUGACACUACAAACGGGUGUAGGAACAUCCUUCGCGAGACAUUCCACGAUAGCGUAUUCAUGCGCAAACUGCUUGUCUUGCGAGGUCUGCUAGCUCAUAACAUUCUGAAGUUUACGCUGGCUGGAAAGCGCUGGUUAGUCGACUAUGGGCUCCAUAAAUCCCGUUGUUUGAUGGCUGUUCCAUUUCGAGCCAAAGGUAUCCCUUCCGAGAACGCGGAGUUUGGCCAUCCUGAUGUUGCUAUCACGUUGACUUGUCUGGCCUACUAUUAUAAUGGGCUCACAGCCGAGCAAGUACGGCAUUGCUUCACGUUGCUAGGAAAGGAGAAUGAUCCGUCAGCCCAAUAUCACGAUUGGAUUUCUAACGGCCUGACUAGCCUUCCCGCAACGCUGAGGGCAAUUACUGGAGUGAAUCUUGAGGAUACACAAACUUUCUGCGGAACCCUCUACCCACAUCUGAGAUUUCAGAAGGGCAUCAUAGACUUCUAUCUCUCGCAGGUCGUGUUCCCAAAGGAGGCCAAGGAGUUUCCGCAGAAGCUCUGCACUUCUGCGUGGGACGUACCUUCGCAGAAAGACCAACCACUCACUACUGGUUUUAGUGGGACGAAUGACAACAGAUUUCUUCUACCGAAGUCGUCGCCUCAACGUGAUCUAUCUCAUCUGCUCCAUACAAAUGCCAUGGUCCUUGGCUGUCUUUUAAGGGACGAAAAUCGCGCGUGUAUCUUAGCACAGGAUCAGGGAGGCCGACAGCUUUCUACAACUCACCUCAUUGCUUUGGUCAAUUCCCAGUGUCCAAAAGUGCGUGUGAUCAUAGACGUCGGGGCGCAGAUUCUGGAGUCUAGCAACCAAUGGGUUUCCACUCACUGGCUUUCCACUGCUAAUGAUGCAGACGGGGCUAUUUUCUUCGAUGAAAAUGACGAGCCUGCAGUGGUUGAUCGUGAGGGUCGCGUGGAGAGAUUACUGUGCUCGCCUUUUCGGCAAAGGAUGCAUAGAUGUCUGAUAUUUUUGGAUCAGCAGCAUGCGCGCGGUGUUGACUUAAAACUUCCCUCCUCAUAUCGGGCCGCUGUGACCCUCGGGCCUCGUUUGACUAAAGACAGACUUGUUCAAGGUGAGUUUAUUUCGCUGAGUGUGUUUUUAAAUGGGUGGCUCAAUAUCCUGACUUUCGUAAAGCAUGUAGCAGAAUGCGUGGCCUUGGUAUUGGCCAGUCUAUUGUAUUUCUAA